CAGUAUCGUGCUAGUAUUUGAACAAAGUGCGAUCAGUUUGGGUGUGUUUUUUUGUUUUUUUCCAUUUUUCUUUCAUGAAAUUAAAUAAGAUUGAUUUUUUUUUCUUCAUUCUGAGAAAAUUUAAUUAAAAUUUUCUUUUCGUUUAUGUGGCGUUUUUUUUCUUAUCUAAAUUUUUGGUGCUCCUAAACAAAAAUUGGACAAAUUGUUUAUCAUUUGACGAAGAAAAGAACAAACAAAGUUGCGAAAAAUUCAUUCAAUUCAAAGAAAAACUUCACCUUUGCCUUCUUGCCAUAAUCCGUGAAGUGUAUCUUUUUUAUCUGUCUUGUUCUUGUUGUUGUUGUAAUUGUGACAUUGAAAGGCUGAUCGAAAAAAAUUGAAAACUGAACUGAAAAUACUCAAAUUCAAAAACAAUGCAAGCUAUAAAAUGUGUAGUUGUGGGCGAUGGAGCCGUGGGUAAGACUUGCCUUCUGAUCAGCUACACGACCAAUGCCUUCCCCGGAGAAUACAUUCCGACGGUCUUCGAUAACUAUUCGGCAAAUGUUAUGGUCGACGCUAAGCCUAUUAAUUUGGGACUCUGGGAUACUGCGGGACAAGAGGAUUACGAUCGUUUGCGUCCAUUGUCUUAUCCACAAACUGAUGUCUUUUUGAUUUGCUUUUCUUUGGUUAAUCCAGCUUCGUUUGAGAACGUUCGAGCUAAAUGGUAUCCUGAGGUGCGUCAUCAUUGUCCAAGUGUACCGAUUAUUUUGGUCGGAACUAAAUUGGAUUUGCGUGAGGACAAAGUUACAAUUGAGAAGCUGAAAGAUAAGAAACUAUCACCGAUAACAUAUCCUCAGGGAUUGGCUAUGGCUAAGGAGAUUGGGGCUGUCAAGUAUUUGGAGUGUUCGGCGUUGACGCAGAAGGGAUUGAAGACUGUGUUUGAUGAGGCUAUUAGGUCGGUGCUGUGUCCGGUGAUGCGCCCUAAAUCGAAACGCAAGUGCGCACUUCUCUAAGAGGGAAUAAAAUCAUACCAACCGAACAAAAAAACUAUAGUAAUUGAUGACGAUUAUAAUGGGUGGGGUAUUAAAAGGGGGUUAAAUACAAAAAAAAAAAACAACAUAGCAAUGCAUUUUAUUUUUUUUUUAAUUAAAUUAAUUUAUUGUGUUUUUGCUUUUGAACAGUUGUAAUCUAGUUUAUGUAUUUUUUUGCUUUUUUUUAUUUUUGUUUUCUUUUUUUUUCUAAUCGAAAUUAUUAUUAAAAGUGACAGCGAGAUAACAAUAUUAUAGGAUGUCAUAUAAGACAGAGAGAGAUAUAUUUACAAAAAUUUGUAUCGAUCGAUGAGAUAAAAAAUAAAAUAAAUAAAUAAAUAACAUUGUGGUACUCUAUAGCUCAAAACAUUUGCAAAAAUUAUAUGAGAUAAGGUAACUGCAACAUUGUUUGGUUACUUGCCUUUUUUUCUUCUUCCAGAUUUAUGUUUAAAAAAAAUAAAAUAUUGUGAUUAUUAUUUAACACAAGUUAUGGCAAU